AUGGCAGAUGAUGGGAAAACAAAUAAUCUGUCGAUCAACGAUAGGGAAAUCGGAGAUGCUCCUGACUUUAGCGCGCUUGCAGAUGAAGAUGGCAAUGAGAUAAUAAAAGAUUUGACUUCAAGAGUGAACUCCAUCUCCGUUCAAGAGCGAGAGGCUGGUCUUCAUGACAUCCAUGGUAUUGGUGGCAUCGACGAUAAGAGCACCGGUGAAGAGCAAGUGCUGGUGAAUAAGAUGAGAUUGCUUCUUUCAGAAAGGCUUCACUGGAGAUCAUCAUCGGCCUUUCGAAUGGCUGAUGCCGAAUCUUCAGCGUAUACAACGGACAGUAGCUUCCUUCUGAUGUUCCUUCGUUGUGAGAACUACAAUAUUGACGCCGCUACCAACCGCCUUUUUGUGUUCUUCAAACAAAAGCUGCGGCUCUUUGGGCCAGAUAAGAUUGGUAAGAAAAUGAUCACUUUGGCCGAUCUGUCCCCAGAUGACAUGAAGUCGUAUUCUGCUGGUUUCUUCCAGCUCCUUCCCCAUCGGGAUCAUGUGGGGAGGGCGCAAUUCGUAAAUCUGCCUCAUUAUACUACCUGGGACCAAAGGGAGAACGUGCUGAGAAUGAUAUUUCAUCUGUGUAUGGCGGCCCUGAUGGACGAAGAGACCCAGAAAAAGGGAGCCAUCACCGUGGUACACUCGCUCUUCAGUGAAUCUUCAGAGCCGAGAAAUCCAAAGGGUUACGACCCAGUCCUCAUUUGGGAGAGUAUUCAUAUGCUGCAAAAAGCCAUUCCGCUGAGAUUUGUAGGGACCCACAUUUGUACCGAUCCUUCCUCAUUUAGUGGGAAGUUUUUCUCGUCCAUGGCACGCUUUGUGGGAGAUGCAGGUAUCGUCCGCAUUCGCUUUCACCAAGUAUCAUUCCACGAAGUCAACGAACGUCUCUCCACUUUCGGGAUCAACAGUAUCCUGCUUGCAGUGUCACAGUCUGGUGAAAAGAAGACGGAGAAACAUCGAGAACUGAUGAAAGUGAUCAAAAGUAUAGAGGUAGCUAAGUUGCUGACACCGGAGAAGUUGACUGUAUUGGUGCCGUCAGCAACGGAUGUCUUACUAGGGAGAGGCAAGCCUAUUCAAAACCACCCAGGGAAUAUUCGGCUUGGAUUGAUUGCGGAAUCGCAGUUGGAAGAAUAUGAUGAGAUUGCAAAUCGUCUUGACAAGACAAAGCUAGCGGAGAUGACGAUGGCCAAAAUGAAGGAUGCCGGUGUUCGAUUCCUUUCAAGAGACGACAAUGGGUUUUGGGAAUUGGCAGCCGAACGACUAGCGAGGGAACGAGUGAGCAGCACCUUCCGCACUGUUCGUGACCGACUGAAGGUCAGCAGGCGAAGCACAAAGGCACCCUCACCAGCGGAUAGUACUGUUGCCCGAAAACGAUCACUUGAAACGCUGGAAGAAUAG